AUGCCACCAACUACGAGGAACAAUUCACUCAAGGCGCUGCUGGCGAAACUAAAGGCACUGGAGGGUAUGUUCAACGAUAUUUGCCGUUUCGUCAAUUCGAUGGAUGAUGACACUCUAAAGACUGAAGCGACAGUUCGUUUGGAUAAACUUGACGAACUGUGGGAACAAAUCAGCGAAGCAACGAUGGACAUCGAGAUGCACGAAGAUUUCGAGGAAGUUGACGAUACCUACCCCACGAAACGAUCGGAAUUCGGCGAUAGAUAUUUUAAGACAAAAUCGUUGCUACUAGAGAAGGUGAAGGACCCGGAGGUGAAGUCGAACCCUUCAAUUCGCGGAAUAGAACAAAACCAACAUUCAACUUAUGAAUGCGUUAGGCUCCCACAAAUCAAACUGCAAACAUUUGAUGGUAAUAUUGAUGAGUGGUUGAGUUUUAGGGAUCUCUAUAUAUCGUUAAUUCACUGUAAAUCCGACUUGCCAGAAGUAGAAAAAUUCCACUAUCUUAAGGGUUGCUUAGUAGGAGAGGCUAGGUCAUUGGUAGACUCACUUGCUAUCACCAAGGCGAAUUAUAAGAUUGCGUGGGAGGCGGUGAUGAAGCGGUAUAAUGACAGUAAAUUACUGAAGCGUAGACAAGUGCAAGCAUUGUUCAACCUACCUAACGUCGCAAAGGAGUCGGUCGUGGAACUUCAGUCGCUGCUAGAGGCUUUUGAGCGCAUUCUUCAAACGCUCGAUCAAUUGAUACAGCCAGCCGAGUACAAGGAUUUGUUACUGCUGGAUUUGCUGUGUUCACGAUUGGACCCAACCACCCGCAGAAGCUGGGAAGAGCAUUCUGCAACAAUAGAUCAGGACACAGUGAAGGAUCUAACAGAUUUUCUUCAGAAGAGAAUAAGGGUGCUAAGCUCGCUGCCAACCAAAUCCAUCGAACCAAAGUUGAAUUAUGUCCCUCAACCGAAAAGAAAAUUGCCGACACAAAUGAGUCACAGUGCAUCGCAAUCCUCGAGCGGACAAUGUGUAGCGUGUCCAGGUAGCCACUUAUUAUACCAAUGCCCGAAAUUCCAAUCCCUGCCUGUAUCAGCUCGCGAUAAACUAUUGCGAAGCCUAGCUUUAUGUCGUAAUUGCUUCCGGCGUGGGCAUCAAGCCACGGAAUGCAAUUCUCGAUAUGUGUGUCGUAAUUGCAAGGGAAAGCAUCAUACCUUAGUAUGCUUCCGGCCGGAAGAAGUCCAACCAGCUAAGCGUACGUCGGAGAUAAGGGUCUCUACGGAAAGCAGCAGCAAGGGACUUCAACACAAUGUGGAGGAUAACACACCAAGCACAUCAUCAGGCACCAUUGUAGUAACCUCAAAUACAGCAUCCAAGGGAACAUCGUCCGUAUUACUUGCUACAGCGGUAGUCUUAGUGGUGGGUGAGAAUGGAAUUACGUAUCCAGCCAGAGCACUACUUGAUUCGGGGUCGGAGUGUAAUUUUAUGUCAGACCAAUUUUCACAACUCUUGCGAAUCAAACGUAAUCGAGCUGAGGUGGCAGUAUCAGGUGUCGGUCAGGUCAAUACGAGAGUGACGCAUUCGGUCAAGGCAGAGGUCAGAUCCAGGGUAGGGGGGUAUUCAUGUAACGUGGAAUUCCUAAUUCUCCCUAAAGUCACGGGAAAUCUUCCAUCUACGUGCAUCGAUACCACAAAUUGGAAAAUACCACACGGCAUAACCCUAGCAGAUCCAGCAUUCGCUAUAUCGAAAUCCGUAGAUUUAAUUCUCGGAAUCCAGCAAUUCUUCACCUUUUUCAAACCAGGAAAGGAAAUCCAUCUAGGGGAUGGACUACCCAAGCUCUCGGAAACGGUAUUUGGAUGGGUGGUAGCGGGAACAGUAAUCUCAUCGAGCAUCGCGUCAUAUCACUGUAACGUCGCGUCUACGGUUAAUCUUGAAGAACUGUUGACAAGAUUUUGGUCGUGUGAAGAAGUGGACAUUCCAAAUAAUUAUUCUCCAGAGGAAACGCUGUGUGCAGUUCGUUCGGACGGUUAG